AUGUGUAAUAAUAAUUUCUUUUGCCUUGACAGUUAUCCAACAUACAACAAAAGAUGCUCCUGCAGUUGUUUUGAUAUAAAAAGAGGAUGCUCUCAGCAAUUCACAUGUACAAACAGAAGGCCCACUGUUCAGAGGUAUAUAUGUAGAAUUUGUAUUCCAAGAGUAAACAGAACACCAGCAUUACAAAAUAGAAUUGCAUGCACUGAUUGCUAUAUAUGUGGGCAAAGGGCAGGGCCAGCCUCAAUACAAGCUCAGAAGCCAGAAGCUAUAGAUAAAUGUGAUUAUUCUAAUUCUUGUACCUGCACGCAAAGCCCGAUCCAAAGAAGCCAAACGGGAGGAUGUAGGUGCGGUGGGUGUUGCAUAGUGUUAUGCAGCCGUUAA